AUGGUCGCCGGUAUCAGUAAACGCCAGCAGUUGCGCAAUGAGCGUGCCCUGCAAGAUCUCAUCCGGUCGGUUCCUGGCAAUGAUCGAUGUGCCGACUGCUCAGCUAUGAAUCCAGGAUGGACGAGCUGGAAUAUAGGAGUUUUCCUUUGCAUGCGGUGUGCAGCACUGCACAGGAAGAUGGGAACGCAUAUAUCGAAGGUCAAAUCCCUGAGUAUGGAUACCUGGUCCGCGGAACAGGUCGAUAACAUGAAAUCCUACGGAAAUACCAUCGUGAACAAGAUUUACAACCCUCGGAACAUCCAGCCCCCCGUCCCCACGGAUAUCGACGAAGCCGAUGCAUGUAUGGAGCGGUUUAUUCGGCAGAAAUACCAAACAAGGACGUUAGAGGAUGGGAAACCGAAGCCACCAAGCCGCCAGGAUCCUAGCUAUACAAGAGCCGAGUCACCAGAUGGCUCACCUCCGCCAUUGCCCCCGAAGCCCUCCAGGCCAUUUGGGUUUGGUCUUCGAUCUGCUUCAUCCGCUACGAAUCUCAGCCAGCCGACUGCCAGCAACCGUGCCCCAGAGUCGCCCGUCACUGAGGCGCGCCGAGGGUCAUUUGAGCUCAAGCUCGCAAGACUGAAGGAGAUGGGAUUCACCAACGAGCGCAGGAACGCAACGGCCCUCAAAGGACUGGACGGGAACUUCGACAAAACUAUUGAGACUUUGGUGAGGGUGGGAGAGGGCAAGCAGACACCGCAGGCCAGGACAUCGGCUGCCACAACACCCUCGGUGGGCGCAUCAUCCAACCCAUUCGAUCAAUUGGAUGCGAAACAGCCCGCGCAGCCUGCGCAGCCAACUGGACAAAGCUAUAACCCUUUCGACAUGCCAACUCCGGCCCAGCCUCAGCCCCAAGCAGCCCCUACGCAAUCGCUUGAGCAAUCAUUUCAGAACCUUCAAGUGGCACAACCGCUGUUCCCGCACUCUACCGGUGGAUAUCCAAACACGCAGACUUCACUAGCCCAGCCUGGAUACACUCAGUCUGCGGCACCACCAUUCGCUCCACAAGCUGGAUAUCCUGCCUCUGCACAACCGCUUGACAGCGGGAACAACCCAUUCUUCCAGACUGGAGCCCAGCCCCAAGCCGGCCUCAACACUCCUCCUCAGAAUCCUUACUCUCCCCAAACAAACCCAUUCUUCGGCCAAGGACCCACGCAACCACAGCAAACACCAUUCCAAAACCAGACGCAGACGGCUACGACGGCUCCUGGAGCUGGGUUCCCUCAACCGCUCCAGCAUGCAAACACUAUGCCGCCGAUGUCGUCGUCGUCACCAUUUGGACAAUCUUCCCCCUUUCAACCGCAGCAACCGCAGCAACCGCAGCAACAGCAACCGCAGCCGCAACUGCAGCAACAGGGGCUUCAGCAAUCGCAACUUGGGGUACAGACGGCACAGCCUGGACAGAGCCCAUUCAAUCCUUUCCAAUCUUCGACUGCUCCCAACACCCCUCUGAGUCACUAUCCGCCUCAGUCCCCGUUUGGCCAGCAGAAAUCUGCCCAACCACUUGCGACGCAGCCUACGGGACGGGUUGAUAAGAACAGCAUACUUUCAUUGUACAAUUUCUCCGCACCACCUCCUGCCAUCCCAGAACAGCAACCACCACAGCCUACUGCAGCCUUUGGAGGACCAACACCGUUUGGAGGGCCUUCACCCUUUGGACAGGCCCAGAAUCAGCAGGCUGCUCAAUUCCAACCAUCAAAUCCUACCAACAUCCAACCGCAAACAAAUAUGGACCCUCAGGCAGCUGGAACACGAAAUCCAUUUAUGGGUUUCCAAGCUCCUGGUACGCAACAGCCAGCUCAGAUGCCAACACAACAGCCAGCAUACGGGAUGGCCAUGAAUUCCGCCAACCCAACCGGCAAUGCGGGGUUCAUACGAGCGCACAUGAGCCAGCAGAGUGUAGAUAUAAACGGCUUCCAGAACGGCCGGCAUAGCCCAGAUGCCUUUGCCGGCCUCAGCGCACAGCAACGGUGA